AAUGGAAGUAUGUCUUGUUCUGGCCGGAAAAAGUGAAAAAGACAUGCAGAUUUGCCUUGGCUAUGAGUAAUGGAAGCUGUUGCGCUAUAGGUUCCUAUUUGCUUAGUAGAAUGUCAUUGUCGAGGAAGUGAUUCUUGCUUCCUUUCUUAGACCUAGCUAGUGUAAGGCAGAGAGCUCUUCUGCAAAGUAAUUUGAUCUCGUUUCAGCCAUAGAAGAAUUAUGAUGUCCUUUUGGUUUUGCAAAUCAAUCAUUACACUAAGUUUUCCCCCCUUUCAUGAAAAUGCCAAUUCUAAAAUAGCAAGUUUCUUUUUGUGCAUUGAUUGUUGUAGAUAGUAUUGUAACAAUAUAGAUAGAAAUUAAUUUGGAGUGAACAAUUCAGGGAUGUGUUGGUUCCAAAGCCUAAACCUGGAAAGCAACCUGUAAGUCUCGGUUCCGUGGCCAGUUCUCGGUUCUACUUAAGAAUUGAGUUUGUUUUGUGAAAAGUAGCUUAUAAAUAUUCUCUACAUAUUUCCACAGCUCAUGACAUGUAGUUUGUUGGUAGUCUGAGUGGCUUCAUGCGGGGCAAUUGGUCAGGGUAAAAAUGAUAAUUUAGGGGCUAAAAAAGCUGGGGAAAGGCUACAUCCAGUACAGACAGGGUUCCAACUGAUUGUUCCUUUCAGUGAACCUACCUUAUCUUCUAUGGUUAAUGGGCGAGUCAGGGAGGUUGUACACCUCAUACUUGACUCGGGAUUGAAUCUCCAUGGUUGCAGCUUGCUUGCUUGGUUGGUUUUUGGGUAGAACUGGCGGAUCAUAGGAUCAAAUUGGGAACUGAACCAGCCAAAGUCAGUCUCGGAUUUUAUGUCCAUGAACCUACUUGGUUCAUCUGAUGACUGGCCAGCUUGGUUUAGUUCUCAAGUUAAAUCAAGACUGAUGCUCACCUGUAACAUUAGCAGUUCUAAAGGAAAAAAGCAGGGUUACCUUAGGGGAUGUUGUCUUUUAUGUCGAGUCUAGGCUCUUGAUGGUUUUCUAAGGCAGGUUUCUCAUCAUGGGGUUAGAAAACCGUUCUUGUAAAAAGACAGAGACACUCGUGUGGUCUUUGGGAAUGAUAAAUUUCUUAGAUCACAUAUAAGCUUUAAAUCAAAUGAACAUCUAAAGGCCAUUUUUGGAAGCAACGGUGAAGAAAAGUGAAUAGGAAUAUACCCUAAUAUUUAGAUUUUUCCUUCACUUCCACCGCCCAAAAAUUUUAAUUUCUUCUGAGUUUUUAACCAAAUAUACUCCUCCAUUUUCUCUCUUUUCCCAAACAAUCUAACUGCACAUGCCUGUAGUUGGUCAGGAACUUCUGAUCGGAUUAACGGUCAUACUGUCAAAGACUUUAACUGUGUAGAAAACCACUCUCAUCGUCUCAAGUGCACUCAAUUGAUGAGACAUCCGUUUGAGCUUGUAAAUGUAGAAUCUUCAUCGUCUAUCUAGAUCUGAAUCAACUUGGGAUGCACUCGAUUGUCCACUAGUGCCUGGAUCUGUAGCUUGUAGGAGGAAGAUGGAAAUGAAAGAUUCUUGGGAGGAGUAGAAUUUGUUACUGUUUCUUUAUUUUAUUUUUUUCAGUUUGCAGCAAACGAGGGCAUAUAAAACUCUACCUCCACGACCACGGAGUGUGGCAUUCGAGAUUGCACGAGUGGGGGGGUUUGGGUGAUUCUUCCAAGGAUUUGAAGUCAAACAUAUUCCUCCUUGAGAACUCCCAUAAAGCUCUUCAUCAAGAACAAGUAGCUAGGUUCUGCAGUUUUCGAGGAUAAUUGAACCCUUAUUUUCUCUCGAGAAAGAAGUCAUGCACGUUUCACACAGUCAUGUGGCUUUAGACAGGAAAAUCUAUGCAUACACCGGUAAAUAUGGUCGAGCACGUCAAGCCAAGAGCUGCAUUAAAUAUUCCUGUUGGACUCAGCCUUCUUAUAUGAGAGACAUGAUAUAGAAUAUGUUAUUGGUAGUUACACCACGCACCCGAGUGCCCAUACGAGUUAAGCACCUUGCUGUAUUUUUCCUGAUAUUGCUCCUCCUGCUGUCAGAAUGAAAGACCCUUAUUCCAACAGUGUGAUUCAAUGGUCCAACUCCAUGUUUUUGCCUCUUCACCCCCACUAUUCUCAGCCCUUUUCCACCUUCUCAUCAAGCAACUUGGUUACGGGUACUCACUGCCAAACAUCUGCUUCCUCCCCUCCAUUCGAAGCUCUUCCUCUUAUCAACCGCUUAGGCCUUCAUAUGCCCGAUGAGCCUUUGCCCUCUCAUGGCAUAUCGAAACAAGAUGAGAGCCUGUUUUUGCGGAAAGCUGAUGCUGACCGUGAUAAUGAUAAUGGCGUAACCGUGGCUCUACAGAUAGGACCCCCCAUAACACCUAGUCUGGCUCCAGAGCUAAGAAAAGAGGAAACCACCGUGGAUGUGGCCGAUGCCAUCAAGUGUCACUUGGACAAGCUAAGCCAGGGUCACCACUGGAUCCCUACUCCUAAGCAGAUUCUGGCUGGUCCUCAACAAUUCUCAUGUCCUGUUUGCCACAAGACCUUCAACAGAUAUAACAACCUUCAGAUGCAUAUGUGGGGACAUGGAUCGGAGUACAGGAAAGGGCCCGAGUCGUUGAAAGGAACAAUAAGCACAAAAGCACGAGCACAAGAAAGAAAUGAUGGCGUGAUGCUGCAAAGGAUCCCAUGCUACUGCUGCGCACCUGGGUGCAAACACAACAUCCGACACCCGAGAGCAAGGCCACUCAAAGACUUCAGGACCCUUCAGACCCACUUCAAGAGAAGGCACGGCUAUGGAAGCAAGCCGUUCACCUGUCGAAAAUGCAGCAACAAGUCGUUCGCGGUCAAAGGUGAUUGGAGAACCCACGAGAAAAACUGUGGCAAGAUUUGGUACUGCGUCUGUGGCUCGGACUUCAAGCACAAGAGAUCCUUGAAUGACCAUGUUAGGGCCUUUGGCCUUGGCCACGCACCUUCAUUUACUUGACCUGCCUUAUGCCCUCUUAAUUUUUUCUCUAGAAACUUUAGGUUGAACAGUAAUCAAUUUCAAGAAGUGGCGCUGAUGUUUCAUAUAGACUUUUUGUCGGGCCUUAAUUCCUUUUGGCAAUCACAAUGUAAAUGAACAUCAGAAUUUUAAUGAUGCAGCCGACGUUCAGA